CUCCUUUAGCUGCUGAGAUUUACUCACUCUGACAUGUUCGUGAAAUCACCUUGGAGCUGAAUACGUUUUAGUUUUUUUUGUCAGUAUUGUUUUGUCUGUAUUGGCUCAGAUAUGGCUAUAUUUUCAGAUUUUGUCUAUUAAAAUGUUAAAAGUUGCACUACCUUUGCCAAGACAGCUUUGAACUGUCUAAUAAAAAAAUACAUAACACUACAUAUUUGAAGAUGUUUGGAGACAGUCUUAGUAGAACUGUUUUAAGACAGUGUUUACUGAAAUCUUGCAGUGGCUCUCAACGUGUCUAGUUUUCUUCCACAUCAUUGGCUGUUGGUGUCGAUGUGGAUUAUGCUGGUCAACCCACGGUCAUGCUGAAGAAUGGACUCUACUGCAUAUAAAUCAGGUGACUGCACAAGUGGGGGGUUCUUCUUCAGCGCAUCAGGACGGCACAAAGCCCAGCAGCCCUCAGUCGCACACAGACUCGACUCGAAACAAGGACUUCAAUUGUCUUCUCGCAUCCACAGACUGUCCUUUUUUAGGGGAAUAUUCUAGACUUCUAUUACUCAGCUUACUUUUUUAAAGUGUUGAAUUGUUACUUGUGCGUUGCAGUUUUUGAACACUUUUUGUAUUCCUGAAUUGAAGUCAGAAUGCUGGACCCAUUGGCUGAGUUGAGAAGAACCGGAGGCUUUAGGCAGUGUGGUGGCCGGUUGUCCUGGCAGGUGCGUUGGAUCUUGUACAGUGUGUGUGUACUGACCGUAAUAAACUGUGCUGGCCUGGUUCUGCUCCUGGUUCAGCAGAGAGAGCUGUGGGCUCAUCUGACUGAGGUGGAGAGGCAGAUGGUGGAGAUUUCUCAGAGCUCCGUGGUGGAGUUCAUAACGCAGGUGAACGAAGAUGAGGCAGAGUAUCAAUACUCCAGAAACAAACGCAGCCGGCAGCAUCGAGGGACACGACCCUUUGAGGAGCACGAGGGGAGUGUGGGAGAGGAAGUCUUGGGAGAUUUCCAGUAUCAGUAUCAGCAGAAGCAUGGGCCAGUUUACCAGCACAAAACAGAAGAGCAGGAUGGAAUGAUGAUGAUGAUGACAUACUCCAUGGUGCCAGUUAAAAUUCUUUUGGACAUUUGCAACAGUACUAAAGGUGUCUGUCUGACCGGGCCACCAGGACCACCAGGAAUUCCAGGCUUGCCGGGUGUGGACGGAAUGCCGGGGUAUAACGGAACAGAUGGAAAUCCAGGGUUGCCAGGAGAGCCUGGAGCACAUGGAAAACGAGGAAAAAGAGGUCCUCCAGGUGAGAAGGGUGAGCCUGGUGAGAGAGGAGAGCAAGGAUAUCCUGGACCCCAAGGACCCCCUGGAGAACAGGGCGAACCUUCAAAUGAUGUCAUUGUAGAGGGUCCACCUGGUCCAAUGGGACCCCCUGGCCUCCCUGGUCCACCUGGCCCUCCAGGGCCCCCCGGGCCUCAAGGGCCACUAAGACACAGGAGCCACAGAGCACAUCUCCACAUGGGGAAGGAGUCUGUAGGUCACCUUAAUUCAGUCCCGAACGAUGACACUAUCAGCCAGAAAAUAGUAUCAUGGAAGAUAAACGACUGUGUCAUAAAGUCAGUGCAGAACCCCAGACAUUUCAUGAAAAUGAGCAGCACGUUUGGAGCAUGGAUGAUGGACACUGCUGCUCACGACAAUGAGAAGAUCUGGGUGGCAGAACAUUUCUCAGGACGUAUCAUUAAGGAGUACAACAGUAUCGCAGCGUUCCAGAAUGGCAGCAGUGAAUCCAUUGAUGUCCGAAAAUAUUUCCAAGGUUGUGGCCAUGUUGUACACAAUGGCUCCAUAUUCUACCACAUCGCUGGAACUUUCAAUAUUGCUAAGUUUGACCUCCAGACGAAGAUCUUACACACGCUGACAAUUGAAAACGCUUUCUAUCACAAUAAGUCCUACUUCCUUGAGAACUCAAAGACAUAUUUCAAACUGGCAACAGAUGAGAACGGUAUGUGGAUCAUAUUUGCCGCCAACAUUGAUGACAACAUAAUGGUGGCGCGACUGGAUGAGAAAACGUUCUCCGUCACCACAUACAUCAACACCACCUAUCCCAGGACCAAGGCUGGUAAUGUGUUUAUCGCCUGCGGUAUUCUCUACAUCACGGAUACUAAAGACACAAAGGUGACACACGCCUUUGACCUGCUGAAAGAGAAGCCGGUUAGUGUCAGUUUAGAUCUGAGGGCACCUGGAGGGGUUCUGUCCAUGAUCUCAUACAGUCCCAGAGACAAACAUCUCUACGUAUGGGACAGCAGCUACGUCAAAUCAUACCAAGUCCGGUUCCUCUCAGAUGAAUAAUCAAAAAUGCAUGACAUUAUCGGCAUAUUUAUAAGCAAAUAACCAAUGUUGUUACCUCUGUGUACCCAUAUAUUUUUAUGUUAUUUUCUUGAGUGGUUGAUAUAUCAAGCGCUAAAUUGUCUAUCUAGUGAUGUUCGCACUAAGUAUUUGGACACUUUAGCUACCCUUAAAUAUCAAUGUGUUAGGUAUCAAAACAAAACCAAGGGUCAUCAAAAAUCCAAACAGGGCUUUUAAUCAACUGGUGAUUUUUAUUAUUUUUUUGUAGUUUUAUUAAAACAGUUCUCUUCAAGUUUACACAUUUUAAUCAUUUAAAAUGUGUGAACUUGAAGACAAGACACUAUAUUUUAAAUUCUGUCUUCAUUUUGAAUUGAAAAUAUAGUGACUUGUACAAUAUAAACUUAAAAAGGAUAAAUCCUGCACACUACUCAAACUUGUGCAAUUAUAAAAUUUUACUAGUAACAUUUCAAGCCUGAAAAGGGUUGAUUGACUGGAACAAUGCUAAUUAAACUUUGCAGAUACAAUUUUGAGUAGAGCGCAGGAUUUCAGCUUAUCAUUUAAAGCCUAACAAACAUCUUUGCAAAAAUUUUCUCUAAUGUAAUGACAUUAAGGCAUUUUAAAAUCUGACUUAAGUGUCUAAAUGCAA